AAAUAAAUACAUUUUCAAAAUUUUUAUGCAUAGAGGAAUGACGAACAUCCUUGUGGCCGAUAAAUAUCUCAGUUGGAUUAUACCUGACAAGUGGACAAUGGAAGACGCAGCAACGAUUCCGUGUGUGUACAGCACGUGUUACUAUGCUUUAUACAUGAGGGGUAAAAUGAAAAAGGGAGACAAAAUCUUAAUCCAUUCUGGUACUGGAGGCAUUGGUCAAGCUGCGAUCCAUCUUGCGCUUCACAAAGGUUGCGAAGUGUUUACGACAGUUGGAACUGUCGAGAAACGACAGUUUAUAAGAAAAACGUUUCCCUCCAUUCCCGAAGAUAAUAUCGGAAACUCUCGAGAUACAAGCUUUGAACAAAUGAUUAUGCAGCGUACAAAAGGUUGUGGGGUGGAUAUCGUAUUGAAUUCCUUAGCCGAAGAGAAAUUACAAGCAUCUGUUCGCUGUUUAGCAAAUGGUGGCCGUUUUCUAGAAAUUGGAAAAUUUGAUAUGUUUUCCAAUAAUUCCUUGGAUAUAUCUAUCUUUUCUAAAAAUAUCAGCUUUUAUGGGAUUUUAUUAGACAAAUUAUUCUAUUCAAACGCAGAACAAAAGUCAAGGUUGUGGAAAACAAUAACAGAAGGUUUAAAAGACGGUGCUAUUAAACCACUAUGCAGAAGAGUCUUUAAAAGAAAUGAAAUAGGCUUUAGAUAUAUGGCCGCUGGAAAACAUAUUGGCAAGAUAAUUAUCAGAGUUCACAAAGAGGAAGAGCCUUUGGAUGCUCCACUACUCGCUCAUCCACGAUAUUAUUGUUUGGAGCAUAAAUGCUACGUUAUUUUGGGUGAACUGGGCGGAUUUGGUUUAGAGCUAGCUGAUUGGUUGACUCUUCGAGGUGCAAAAAAUUUGGUAUUAACAUCACGAACCGGGAUCAGAACAGGUUAUCAGCAAUCAAGAGUAAAACUAUGGCGAUCUUACGGUGUGGAUGUACAGAUUGUUACAGUCGAUGAUAAUUUGAAACAUGAAGAUUGUGAAUCCCUAUUAAAAUUUGCUGAAGAAAGAGCACCAGUGGAUGCCAUAUUUAAUCUUGCAGUUGUUUUAAAAGAUUGUAUAUUUCAAAAUCAAUCACCUAAAACGUUCGAGGAUUCAUUCAAAUCAAAAGCAUGGAUAACAAAAAAAAUGGACGAAUUGUCGAGGAAGAUCUGUCUGCAACUUCGACAUUUUGUCGAACUUCGACUUUUUUCCUCCGUGUCGUGUGGAAGAGGAAACGCAGGUCAAACAAAUUAUGGGAUGGCUAAUUCCGUAAUGGAGAGAAUUUGUGAGAAAAGGAUGGAAAAAGGAUUACACGGUUUAGCGAUACAAUGGGGUGCUGUUGGUGAUGUCGGACUCGUGGCAGAUAUGCAAGAAGAAAAUAAGGAAUUGGUUAUUGGAGGUACAUUGCAACAACGAAUAUCUUCCUGUUUGAAGACAUUAGAAUUAUUUCUGUUACAAGAUCGACCUGUUGUAAGCAGUAUGGUUGUUGCUGAAAAAGCAAAAAUUGGCGGAUCAAUGAAUAUUUAUGAAAUAGUUGCUCAUAUAAUGGGAUUAAAGAACAUAAACACAGUACCACCAAACGUACCGCUGGUCGAAAUAGGUAUGGAUUCAAUGAUGGCAGUUGAAAUUAAGCAAACGUUGGAAAGAGAGUUCGAUAUUUCCUUGACAGCGCAAGACAUUAAAACUCUAAAUUUUGCUAAACUUCGACAAAUGACAAUUACAACCGAACAAGGAAAGAUACACGAUACAAAUAAAAUUGAGCCAAGUAAUUUGGAAAGCUUUCACAUGCUGAUUCAAAAAAUGAAGGAUGCAGACUUUGUUCCAGAUAUUCUUGUAGAAUUUAUUACCAAGAAAGAGGUUGAUCGAGGCAAUAUAUUUCUCUUACCAGGAAUCGAAGGAUGUUCAAACGUAUAUGAAACUAUGGCAUCAGGAAUUAAAUUUUCGGCAACGUGCUUGCAACAUGGUGUACUUAAUAUUCCUGAUGAAAGUCAUUCAGUGAUGAAAUCAGCCGCUCAUUUGCUGCCUCACGUAUUAAAGAAAAUGAAAGAUCAAAGGAAAUUUCUAAUAGUGGGUUAUUCGUUUGGAUCCUUAAUUGCCAUUGAAUUAGUAAGAUUAUUAGAAGCUAAAGAUUUCUCAGGACGGUUAAUAUUAAUAGACGGAGCUCCCGAUCAACUGAAAUUUUGGACUAAUCAAUAUUUGAACUGUACUUCGCCAGAUGAGUUACAAAAUGUGAUAUUACUUCGUUUAUUGGAAAUGUACUCUAUAAUUAACCAGAAAAAGCUUGCGUUAGAGCUGAAUAAAUGUAACACAGUGGACGAAAAAUUAAAAGUAUUUCAUGCUUACUUCCCGAAGGAUUUAAAUGUAUUGACCAUCGAAAAUCAAAAGCUUAUAUAUUUCACAGUUUACAAUCAUAUUGUCGCUGUACAGGAUUACGAUAUUUCAUCAUUACCUCGCCUUAAAUCACCUAUAACAUUGCUAAAACCCACAUCUCCAAUUGCUUCUUUUACUGAAGAGGAUUAUAGUUUACAUAAGGUUACCGAAGGUAAAGUGCAAAUUCAUUAUGUGGAAGGUAAUCAUAUCACAAUGAUGGACAACGAAAAAAUUACAUCAGCUAUUAAUGAAACAUGGAUAGAAGAUAAUCUAAUACAAUAAAAUAUAAAUAUAUAUUUUAUUGGGACGGGGUGACAUCAUAUAUAUUGUAUAAA